AUGACGGACCCCACGCCGCCAUACGCAUCGCAGAAACUGCUAGUUGCGAACCGUGGCGAGAUCGCUAUACGCGUUCUGCGCACCGCGCGCCGACUCGGUAUUUUAACCGUGGCGGUAUACACGCGUUCUGACGCGACCGCGCCCCACGUAGUCCUUGCGGACGAAGCGGUCGCGCUCCGCCCGGACGACGACGAUCCGGCAUCGAACGCGCGCGGAUACCUCGAUGCGGACGCCAUCCUGGCGAUAUGCAAGGAGCGCGGCGUGACGCUUGUCCAUCCGGGUUACGGGUUCUUGUCCGAGAACGAACGGUUCGCGCAGAUGGUCGUGGACGCGGGCAUCGUGUGGUUAGGGCCGCGACCCGACACGAUCGAGGCGAUGGGCCUGAAGCACCGCGCGAAGGAGCUCGCGACGGAGGUGAACGUACCCCUAGUACCGGGGUCGAAGAGCCUUCUCCGCGACGUGGAGGAAGCUGUUGGUUCAGCAAGCGCUAUCGGGUUUCCGGUGAUGCUGAAGUCUACCGCCGGUGGUGGUGGAAUGGGACUCGUCGUUUGCUACACCGCAGACGAACUGCGCGCAAAAUUCGUGUCUACUCAGGCCCGCGCGCAGAGUCUCUUCCACAAUGACGGAGUAUUCAUUGAAAGAUACUUUGCUGCCGCGCGACACGUCGAAGUGCAGGUCUUUGGAGAUGGUCAAGGUCGGGCCAUACACAUGGGCGAGCGCGAAUGCAGCGUGCAACGGAGGCACCAGAAGGUAGUUGAAGAGGCGCCAAGUCCUUUCAUGCUGCGUCAUCCGGAGAUCCAACAGAGAAUGUGGGAUGCAGCUGUACGCCUGGCGGUGCACGUCAAGUAUGAGUCUGCGGGUACCAUCGAGUUUCUGGUCGACGACGCGACAGGGGAUUUCUUCUUCCUGGAGAUGAACACGCGCCUGCAGGUGGAGCACCCAGUGACUGAGCAGAUUAACCCUGGGCUCGAUAUCGUCGAGCUCAUGAUCCUUCAGGGGAUCACGAAACAUGACAGUCCAGCUGGCAGCGUACUGGCCCACCCGAUGUGCGAGCAGAGCUUAUACAAUGUGGCACCUGAAGAGGGGAAGAGGCACUCGAUCGAAGUUCGCGUGUACUGCGAGAAUCCCGCUGCGCAGUUUAAGCCAUCCCCGGGCGUCUUACAGCAAGUCGAGAUUCCGGAUCCCGAGUGGUUGAGGGUUGAAAGCUGGGUGGAAAGUGGCACGACGAUUACGCCGUACUUCGACCCGCUGGCGUGCAAGCUCAUUGUCACAGGCUCAAACCGCUCAGAAGCCAUCGCGCGGCUUUCUCAGGUAUUGAGCGAGGCAAAAGUCUACGGGCCGCCGAACAACGUUCAGUACCUUCGCGCGAUCUGCGAGUCGGAGACAUUUCUAGAGGGCGCUGCAACAACGACUUUCUUGGAUACGUUCAGCUUUACCCCUAGAGCAUUCACAGUUUUGACUGGUGGGUUGGAGACGACCGUGCAAGAUUAUCCCGGCCGCAGGAUCGGCCUUGGCAUCCCGCGCAGCGGGCCCAUGGACUCGCUCGCUUUUCGAAUGGCGAACGCCCUCGUCGGAAACGACCCGGGCACAGAAGGUCUCGAGCUCACGUUGACUGGAUGUCGGCUCAUGUUCCACGUCCCUGCGGUUGUGGCUGUUACUGGCGCAUCCGUAAAGGUGACCGUCAGCGGGACCGAGGUCCCCAUGUGGGCACGCAUCGUCGUCCCUGCCGGCGGCAAGCUCGUCGUCGGCAACGCGAUGGGGACUGGAAUGCGUGUGUAUCUCGCGGUAAAGGGCGGAUUCCCGGAGAUUUCGAAGUACUUGGGCUCGAAGUCGACGUCGUUGGGGCUAGGCGGGUACCAAGGCCGGGCGCUCGCUGCCGGGGACCAGAUCGCACUGGGCGACUGUACACCCUCAGACGCGUCUUCGACUCUCAGCCUUCCGGAAUCUCUCGUGCCGUUGUAUCCGACUGCCUGGACGAUCCACGUCCUCGCGGGACCUCACUGCGAUCCGACGUUCAUCACUCCCAGCGGCGUCACCGAUUUCUUCGCGACAAAAUGGACGGUGAGCGCCGCGAGCAACCGGAUGGGCGUGCGCCUCGAAGGUCCGCGUAUCGAGUGGGCGCGCGAGACGGGUGGGGAGGGCGGCUCGCACCCGAGCAACAUCCUGGACAAUGGUUAUUCGUUCGGGACUGUGAACGUGAACGGUGACACGCCGGUCAUUCUGACCAAUGAGGGUCCGGACAUGGGUGGUUACCUCUGCGCAUGCACGGUUGCGAGCGCGGAUCUGUGGAAGCUGGGGCAGUUGAGAGCAGGCUCGACAGUCCAGUUCAAGCGGAUCGCGCAUGCACAAGCCGUCGAAAUGAUACGCGACCAGGACAAGCUAGUGGAAAUUCUUGUGGAAUAUAGUAAGACGUCAUCUCUGUCGGGCGUUCCACCCGUUCCAGAGCUGGUUGAGUCGAGGAUGGAUCCACGUCUGCACGAGUUGCUUGCUGAUACGUCAAGCGGAAGACCUAGCGUCGUGUUUCGCCAGGCGGGCGACUCUGCGAUCUUGGUCGAAUUCGGGACGAUGACGCUUGACUUCGCAAUCCGGGCUCGUAUACACGCGUUCGAGACUGAAGUGCGGAAGCGCGCCAUAUCGGGUGUCUGGUUCCUCGCGCCCUGCAUCAGGUCGACGAUGAUACACUUCGAUCCGCUUGUGAUCAGCCAGGCGUCACUACUCUCCGCACUGGUAGAGGCAGAAGCAUCUCUCCCUGCCAACGUCGAGUCUCUCGAAUUUCCGGGACGCAAGAUCACCUUCCCUGUCGUGCUAGACGAUAAGUGGAACCGGGAGGCGCUCGAGAAGUACAUGCGGAGCAUCAGAGAUACAGCGAUCUACCUUCCCAGCAAUAUCGAAUAUCUCGCCAGGAAUAACGGACUCAUGGGCGCGCAGGAGGCGUUGAAGAAACUUGUUGAAACGGACUGGCUCAUCCUCGGGGUCGGAUUCUAUCUCGCUUGUCCGUUCCUCGUGCCAAUCGACCCGCGUUGCAGGCUAGUCGGGCAGAAGAUGAACCCGUCGCGGACUUUUACUCCUCGAGGCGCCAUCGGCAUAGCCGGCCCAGUCGCAGCGAUAUACCCAAUCGAGUCCCCCGGUGGAUAUCAGCUUUACGGCCGGACCCUCCCUCCCUGGCAAACUUGGGGCAAAGGCCGGGACUUCAGCGCAGACAGUCCUUGGCUGUUGCGGCCGUUCGACCAGGUCGCGUGGGAGACUGUCGGCGAAGAGGAAUACGCGCAGCUCGAGGCGCGGUUUGAUGCGGGCCAGUAUGUGUUUAAGAUAGAGGACACAACGUUCUCCAUGGCAGACUACGCCACAUUCAUCAAUAGCAUCGCUGAGGAGGUCAAGGAGUUCAAAACACGACAAGCCCAAGGCGCCGCUUCUGAAGAAGCUCACGGGGAUCACGUUGCAUCCUCGUUGUCAGCACAUGUGUGGAAGAUCAAGUGUGCUGUCGGAGACGUCAUUCAGAGGGCAGAGCAUGUCCUUGUUAUCCUCGAGGCGAUGAAGACCGAAGUCAACAUUGAGGCCGGGGAAGAAUUCGUCGGGCGCACGGUCAAGGGAUUCGGGCGAGGAGCGAAGGAGGGUGGUUCCGUAUCAGCAGGAGAGCCUUUAGUGUACUUCGAGUGA